AUGGGGAUCCUUUUUUCCAGACUCUUUAGUUCGAUUUGGGGAGAACGGGAGUUUAGGGUUUUGAUUCUCGGUCUCGAUGGUGCAGGCAAAACAACUAUUCUGUACAAGCUUCAGUUGGGUGAAAUCCUGUCUACCAUUCCGACGAUUGGAUUUAACAUGGAGACUCUUUCGUAUAAAAAUCUAAAGUUCCAAGGUAACCAACAUCCCAAGUAUGGGAUUUGGGGGGACAAUCCACAAUCAGGCAUGAGCAUGGUUCUAAAAUUCACCUAUAGACCAUAUUGGAAGUGCUAUUUUUCAGAAACGGAUGCAAUUAUUUAUGUAGUGGACGCGGCUGAUGUUGACCGCGUAUCUAUAUCGAAAGCAGAGUUAGCUCUUGUGCUUGAAGAGGAGGACUUGAAAGGAUGUGCUCUUCUGGUCCUUGCAAACAAGCAACAGGACCUUCCAGGAGCCUUGAAUUCUCAGGAGCUAACAAAGGCUCUUGGACUUUCCGCUGUUCGAGAAAGAUUAUAUGCAGUUUUUAACGCCUCUGCAAUUCAAGGGCAAGGUCUAUUUGAAGGCCUUGAUUGGCUAGUGACAGCUGUUCAGAAGCCAAAAGGGUCAAGUUCGCAUGAUGGUGGCGGGGAGGAGCUUCUAUGA